AUGGUUUUUUAUAAUGGAGAAGAGAAUGUGGAUGGGGAAUUGCAGAUCAGUGAAAUGGAAGAAAUAGAACAACUAUAUGGACAAAAUAAUUUUGAACCACGAACGUUUGCAGGACCGGAUUUGGCAGAUUAUGAGGACCCAACUGUGUUGGAUGAGGAAGGAGAGGGAAUUUUUUCAAAGUACAGAAUCUUUGAAAACCCACUAGAAUUGAGUAAGAACACCCUAAUAGGCCAUGUUUUUGAGACACUGGAACUUGCAGAGGAAUUUAUAUAUGCAUAUGGAAGAGUGAUUGGAUUUAGCAUUCGAAAAGGUCACAUGAGGAAGAAUAGCGCUGGCCAGAUUCGUGAGCGAGAGUGGGUGUGCUCUAGGGAAGGGUCUAGGUUAGAGGCAAAUUUAAAUAGGCAGGAUAAAAAAACGGAACCGAAGAAAAUUACCAGAGUCCAUUGUAAGGUUGCAUUCCGGGUUAAUCUGAUUAAGUGUAGUGGUAAAUGGAGUUGCAAGGAGUUCUUAACAGAACACUCAAAUCCGGUCACCAUCAAUGACCACAAGCAGUUUCUACGGUCCAACAGGUUUGUGUCACCUGGUGAUCUUCAGCAGGCAAAGUCAAUGAAGGAUGCAGGUGUUAGAACAUGCCGCAUAAUGUCGUACAUGGCCGACAAGGUGGGGGGUUAUCAUAAAUUGUCGUUCACGGUGAAAGACCUGUACAAUCGUAUGUCUGCUGCAACAAAUGUGCAGUUUGCAGUAUCGGACGCGGGUCAUGCUGUCGGGUAUCUAGAGCAUAAAGCUGAUCAUGACCCGAGAUUUUAUGGAAUAUUCUCGUACGACAACAAAAGGCGACUUUUGAACUUGUUUUGGGCGGAUGGGAAGUCAAGAUUGGACUAUGAGAUGUAUGGACAUGCAAUCGCAUUUGACUCAACAUAUAAGACCAAUAGUUAUGGCAAACCGUUACUUGUAUGGGUGGGAGUCAACAACCAUUUCAGGACUACCAUACUAGGCCUUGCAAUUCUUGCAAACGAGUCUGCAAGCAGCUACAUGUGGGCGACACGAGCCUUUUUAGAAUGGAUGGAUGAGGCUCAACCCAAAACAGUUGUCACCGAUGGCGAUGAGGCGAUUGCAACAGCAAUAGAGGCUUUGAUCCCAAAUGCAACCCACCGCCUUUUUAUUGGCAUAUGCACAACAAAGCUGUUAAGAAGGUGA